GGUCCAGAUUUAGUCUGAGUCUGGAAGCUUCAAGAGCUCAAGGGCGGGCAGUGGAGUGGGUGUCAACUUUAUUCUUAUGUAUCCCUAGAGGUAAACCUAACUCCAUCCAUCCAUCAGUCGCCAACAUACUAUAACCGUAUAAAAUUGCAUUUCACACCCUCAUUCUCUCGUCUCUCUCUCUCUCCUUCGGCGUUUCUUAUCCAAAAACCCCACUAAACCCAAACCAGAGCUGCUGCUUCUUCUUAACCUAAAUCUACCCACUCUUCAUCCACUCUACUGUUUGGUUGUAAGGGGUAGAUGGCAUCCACUUUUGCAGCCAUGACUUCAGUUGGCUCCUUGGCUGCUCCUAGUAGCCGUGUGAUUGAUAGGAAAUUCGACAACUUGUCAUCUCGUGCUUCCAUUUCUCCAUUCUCAUUCUCUAGGAGGCACAAUGUAGUUCUAAGGAGGACACGAUCUCCUAGGAUCUGUGCCAUGGCCAAGGAGUUGCAUUUCAACAAGGACGGUUCAGCCAUUAAGAAACUACAAACUGGUGUCAACAAGCUUGCCGACCUUGUUGGGGUUACACUUGGUCCAAAGGGUAGGAAUGUCGUUCUAGAGAGCAAGUAUGGCUCCCCCAAAAUUGUUAAUGAUGGUGUGACUGUCGCAAAAGAGGUUGAGUUGGAGGACCCUGUUGAGAACAUUGGAGCUAAGCUAGUGAGACAGGCGGCAGCCAAGACUAAUGACCUAGCUGGUGACGGGACAACAACAUCUGUUGUUCUUGCACAAGGUCUUAUUGCUGAAGGUGUCAAGGUGGUUGCAGCUGGGGCUAACCCUGUUUUAAUCACACGUGGCAUUGAGAAGACCACCAAAGCUCUGGUACACGAGCUUAAGUCAAUGUCCAAAGAGGUUGAAGACAGUGAGCUGGCAGAUGUGGCAGCAGUUAGUGCAGGAAACAACUAUGAAGUAGGAAACAUGAUUGCUGAAGCUUUGAGCAAGGUGGGUAGGAAGGGUGUGGUGACCCUUGAAGAGGGAAAAAGUGCUGAGAACAGCCUCUAUGUUGUAGAAGGAAUGCAAUUCGAUCGUGGUUAUAUCUCACCUUAUUUCGUCACUGAUAGUGAGAAAAUGGCCGUUGAAUAUGAGAACUGCAAGUUGCUUCUUGUUGAUAAAAAAAUAACAAAUGCAAGGGACCUCAUUAACAUUUUGGAGGAAGCUAUAAGAGGAGGAUACCCAGUUAUAAUCAUUGCAGAAGACAUUGAACAAGAAGCUCUUGCAACUCUUGUUGUAAACAAGCUUAGGGGAGCUCUAAAGAUUGCUGCCCUUAAAGCUCCCGGGUUCGGUGAGCGCAAGAGCCAGUACCUUGACGAUAUUGCUAUUCUGACUGGAGGAACCGUCAUCAGAGAGGAGGUAGGGCUCACAUUAGACAAUGUUGGAAAGGAGGUCCUUGGCCAUGCUUCAAAAGUGGUGCUUACAAAGGAUACCUCCACGAUUGUUGGUGAUGGAAGUACCCAGGAAGCAGUUAACAAGCGAGUUGCCCAAAUUAAGAACCUUAUUGAGGCGGCAGAGCAGGACUAUGAAAGAGAAAAACUUAAUGAAAGGAUUGCAAAACUAUCUGGUGGUGUUGCUGUAAUUCAGGUUGGAGCACAAACUGAGACAGAGCUGAAAGAAAAGAAACUGAGAGUCGAAGAUGCUCUGAAUGCAACAAAGGCAGCUGUUGAGGAAGGUAUUGUUGUUGGAGGUGGAUGCACCCUUCUGAGGUUGGCAUCAAAGGUUGAUGCAAUCAAGGAUACUCUUGAUAAUGAUGAAGAGAAGGUUGGAGCAGAUAUAGUUAAAAGAGCUCUUAGUUACCCCCUGAAGUUAAUUGCCAAGAAUGCUGGUGUAAAUGGAAGUGUUGUCAGUGAGAAGGUGCUUUCCAGUGACAAUCCUAAGUAUGGAUACAAUGCUGCUACUGGAAACUAUGAAGAUUUAAUGGCUGUUGGAAUUAUUGAUCCAACCAAGGUGGUGAGAUGUUGCCUAGAACACGCAUCAUCUGUUGCAAAAACUUUCUUAAUGUCAGACUGUGUAGUUGUUGAGAUUAAAGAGCCAGAAGCAGCAGUGCCUGCUGGUAACCCCAUGGACAAUUCAGGCUAUGGGUACUAGAGUUGAUCGAGAAUAACUAGGAUGUGGUGAAGAGGAGCGAACAGGGUCAACCUGGAUGAGUGGCAACAAGUUAUAAGAAUGAAGAUAGUAGUUGGAGCCAUUUUUUUAUACAUAAAAGAUUCCGGUGAGAUUAGCUUACCGGGAGUGCGGCAGAUGUUGAAUUGCAGUAGUAGUUCAGUUAAGUGUACGAUUCCAAUAACUGCAAAUAUAAUUUAAAUGGAAGAGAUUUUCGUGCUCUGUGUGUGUGUGAAUUCUUUUAGACUUUGGUUUUGUUUGGUUUAUUUAUGAAACUUGAAACCCGGUGUUUGAA